UUCAGGUGCGAGGGUUGUAAUCUCUAUUUUAUUUUAUUUUAUUUUCUGAAAAUAAUUUCUUAAUUUGAAUUAAUUUUCAGUAUUCAUUUAAUUCUAUAUAUAAUAUAUAUAUUAAAUGGAUACAACUGCUCUACCUAGUGAACUUCUAGUUCCCCCGCAACCUUUAAUAGGUUUUUGUGGUUUAGAUAUUAUAAAAAAUUCUGUACAUAAAUCAAUAUGGGAUGCAUUUAAUAAUAAUAGGAAAACUAAUGGUGCUGCUGUUCAAUUUAAAGUAAUUCCAUCAAAUUAUGAAUUUCCUAUUGUUAAACCAAAAAGAGCUAGCUAUGAAUGGUAUCAUCCUAAAGGUAUUUUAAAAAGAAAUUGGAUGCUAAAACAUUUGCAUGUAAUACCAGCUGUAAUAGUAUUAUUUCAAGAUAUUGAAUGGAAUGAUUCAGAUUGGUCUGAAAAGCAAUUACAAUGUGCCUCAUUAAUACAAACUUUAAAGCACAGUAUACAAGAUAGAAAUACACGUUUAUCAUUAGUUUUAAUACAAAAAGCAGCUCCAAUACAGACAGGCGAUGAUUUAAUUGCCUCGGAAAGAGCUGCUAGUUUAGCAACAGCUUGUGGUAUUAGUAGUAAAAUGUUAUUUAUCCUGCCACAUACAGAUCAUUUAACUGGAUAUACUCUUCGUUUAGAAUCCGCAUUUUUAGAAAUGGCUCAAGCAUAUUAUAUGCAGAUGAUUAAGCAUAUUCGAAUGCACAGAGAACAGUUAACUGCAUCACACGUAAUUUUAAAAAUUCGUCAUCAAUUCAAAUUAGGUUUUAUAUCGGAAAUGAGAUCAGAUAGUAAUGCGGCUUUAAAGCAUUAUUCACAAGCAUAUUCAAAUUUAGAUGAAAUUAGAAUAGUCGAUACAAAUUGUUUAGAAAUUAAAACUGUAGCUGGAUUUUUAAAUUAUAAGAUUUGUCGACUCAUGUUUAAAAUGAAAAUUCCAAGAGAUUCCAUAAAUCAUUUUAUUAGUCAUGUAGAAAAAUAUAAAAGUCGAGUUGGUUUUAAAGAAUUAUUGUUUGAGCAUUAUGCAUGGUUAAGCAUACAGCAUAGCUCGUUUGCUGAUCUAUUUUGCGAAGCAAUAAAAAAUGAUCUUCCUGCUCUUCAAACUCAACAUCCUGGAAUAUAUUACCACAAGGCUGCCGAAUAUAUAAUUAAGAGAAAAGAAGCUUUUUUACAAUCUUGUUCUCUUUCAUUAUCGCCAACUGAACCGUUAACGCCCACUUCACAACAAAAUAAUCAUCAAUCUGCAAUAUUUACUGAAUUUUUUGGUAUGAGAACCUUUAAAACCACAGAACCAUACUCAGAUCAACAAAUGAUUUCAAUGGUUCAAGAUCUUGAACGUGGUUUUAAUCACUCUGCUGCAAUUAUAUCUUUAUUAAGUCAGGCUCGUACUCAGUUUAAAACAUACAAAUGUUUAAGAUUUUGCAAAAAACUUUCUAUUGAUAUGGCAGAAGAAUAUUUCAAAAGUGGUGAUCAUUCUAAUGCUUUGACAUUAUAUUCUUUAAUGUUGUCGGAUUAUCGCCAAGAGAAGUGGAAUUCAGUUUUUUCAGAUGUUUUGUUAAAGACUUUGAGAUGUGCUUAUUUAUCAGCAUCAGUAGCGGAUUUUAUAUCAUGUAGUAUUGAAGCCCUGUCACCGACUAUAAGAUAUGAUCAAAAAGAACGAAUAACUUUAUUAGAGAAUUUAUGGAAAGUAUUUCAGAAUGUUCCUCCAGGACCUCAAAGUAUGAUAACUCCAGAAUUGCGUGCAAAUUGGGAGCAAUCUUUGGCAACAUAUAAAUCUCCAACUAAAAUUGAUCUAGAACGUAUUACUGAUAUUAUUGAAGGUUACGCUACUUUUGAAAAAAUUCAACUAAACAAUGACGAAAGAGUCAAUAUUAAUUUUGUGAUGAGAAUUUUAACUGAUGUUCCAUUAAAAGUUCGUAACUUUAUUUUGUAUUUAACUGACGGCAAUGAGUCUUUCAAAUUGAAAGCAUUAAAGUAUUGUAUUUUUAACGAUCUUAAAGAAUUAAGACCAAAAGAAUCCCAAGAAAUAAUAUCAGAACCAUUAAAUGGUUAUUGUGAUUUUGAUGCACAACAUGAUUUAAAAUUAUUUCCGGAUAAAUAUUAUAGUAUACUUUUUAGCACAGAGGCAAAUCAGUUUUUUGAAAAUUGCCAAUUACAAUUUCUGAAAACUGAAAUUCAUAUGGGAACUGAUCGUAACUAUGCAAUUUUAAUGAAGAGCUCUAAGAUAAUACAAAGGAACUUUAAACAAUAUAAUCGUUAUAAAUUAUUAAUUGAUAAUAUGCGCAUAAAUCCGAUAUGUUAUAUAACUCCAACAUUCCAUUUAUUAACACAAGUAGAAUUAGGUUAUCCUCAAAUGCUCAUAAAUGAGUAUUUCAAAAUAACAUGCAAUAUAACAAACAAUUUUAAUUUAUUUUUAAAAAAUGUUGGAGUUAGUAUUUCGGUUCCGCAAAAUUUAAAAAAUAAAGUUUUCCUUUCUACUGAUGUAUCGCCGUCGAGACAAAAAAUUCUUCCUUCAAUUCAAAUUGAUGUUGGUGAUAUGACAAUGCAAAGUAAUACAAAAGUUACAUUUUUUGUAUUUAGUUUAAUAGAAUGUUCAAAUAUUGAAUUGUCAAAGAAAAUUUGGUAUAGUUUAGAUUCGAAUCGUAUCAAACGAACAACAUCUGAAUGUUCGCCAACAAUUAAUGAUGAAUCACCUAAUGGUAAUAAUUAUCGGCAAAUAUCCAGUGAAUUUUUAAAUAAAUCUCUAAUAGCAACACACAUAAGAAUUGAUUUUUUGGAUGAUAAAACUAUUAAGAAAACUCGUGAUGAAACCAUAAAAAUAAAUUGUAUUCCUGAAUUUAAAUUUAUUGGACGUUAUUAUUCAUUAAACCGACAACCUUUAUCUAAGAUUUAUCGCGGUGAAAAUUUUUUAUUUCGAGCCAAUGUUGAAGUGCAAUCUCUAUGUGAUUUGGAUAUUUUAGAAACAUACUUUAUAUGUGAUCCCAAUUUAGUUCAAUCAACUUAUAGUUAUAAACGGAAAAAAUCUACAAGAACAUAUAAUCGUUCAGAAACUUUAGAAGAUGUAAUUGUUCUUAGAACUAAUUCAAAUUUUUCAAAUUGGUUAACACAAAAAGAUUUCGAAUUAAGUAAAAUAAGUUCAAAUCCAAUACAAAUAAAUAAAUUAAAUCAAAAUAAUCCAUUUAAGUUGGAUGCUAUUGCCAAUACAAUUCAAAAUAAAAAUUCUAUAAUGAAAAUUCCUCAAAAUAUGACAAUAAUUGGUAAUGGUUCAAAUAUUAAUCAAAAUUCGCCAAUGAAUACUUCAUUGAACUCAGAUGAUGGAAAAUUAAAAUCAAAUAAUAAUAACAAUAAUAAUAUUAGUGUCAACAACAAUAAUAACAAUAAUAGUAAUAAUAAUAACAGCAAUAUAAAUAGUACUCUUGAAGAUGAAAAAUCUACAAAUCGUAUUAUUUAUCAAAAAGCACUUGAAGCAAUACAACCAGCAGGUCAUUUAAGAGGAUUCAUAAAAAGUGUUUUAUUAAAUGAAAACCCUGGCGUUUUCCCUAUAUUUGGUUUAUAUUGUAUUAAAUGGAGACGUAGUGGUUCGAAAGAAGAAAAUGAAUCAAAAUUUUUAAUAAAUGGUAUUGAUAUAGAUGAGCCACCUUUAAAUUUAUAUUGUUCUAUUGAAGAAAAAAUUUUUGUCAAAAUUCCAAUGCCAUUUAAAAUUGUUUUUAAAAAUCCAACAACAAAAGUUAUUCCUUUAAUAGCAACAUUAAGUAAUAAUGAUAAUUUCAUGUGUUCUGGUCACAAGCAGCUUAAUAUCUCUGUAUUUGCGCAUUCAGAAAAAGAAUUAGUUUUUAAUUUGUAUCCAUUAAAAGUUGGUUGGCAAACUUUACCUGAGCUUAAUUUAGAAUAUAAUACUCAAGCGGAUCCCAGUAAAGAUGAUACACACAAAAAUAUUUUAUCAGAGCUUGUUCAAAGAUCUAUGCCUAAAAAAGUGUUUGUUCUGCCGGCUUCUAAAAGUUUUAAUAAUAAAGUCAAAACAUAAUAUUAUUAAUUAAAUUAAAAUUUUCAUUUUUAAGAUUAGAAAUCAAAAUAAAUUAAAAAAUUCUUUUUUAUAUAUAUAAAUAUAAAAUUUAAAAAUUUUUUUUGUUAUGUACUGUAUGUAUAGAGUAUGUAAUAAUUUCAAUUUUCACAAUAUGUAAAUCAUUAAAUUUAUGUUGUAAUUUUUAUAUAUAUUAUUGUAUUUAAAUAUCAUCUAUGUACUGAUAAACAUUUUAUUGUUCUUCUACGAUAAUAACUUUAAGCAAGAAAAGUGAAAAAAACUUUUAUUAAAUUAAAAUAAAGUUAAAAUAAAAUAUUUGAAAUAUAUUUUCAUUACAUUAUUCUCUAUAAGAUAUAGAAAAUAGAAAAAAAAAUCAAAACUAUUUAGAAAUGAAUAAAAACUUAAAUUUAACUCUUAAAUAAAAGGAAAAUGAUAAUUUUAAUACUAAUGCAAAACUACAAAAUAAAAAUAAACAACAAAAAAUUUUUAUGAAUGGUAAAUAUAGAUUUUGAAUAAUGAAACUAUUAAGAAUAGUAACUAAAGGAGUUAAAAUAUUGUUAUUUAAAAAAGAAAAGGUAAAACUAAAAAAAUAAUUGUAUUAACGCGAAUACUUAAAAAAAAAGAAGAGAAGAGAAAGUAAAAGACGCAUAGAAAUUUAUCAAAAAAAAAUAAAUUAAUGCAUAAAGAUAUAUAUUUAAAUAAAAAUUAUUU